GUGCGCCCUCCCUCGUCAACUGGAAAUAAACAUGUCAGGGACGGGUCAGGCCAGACGUGUGCGCCGAUGUCAAAUGUGAGGAUUGAUGUGACAGUGUGAUACAUGUGUGAUGUGACACACUAUGUUGUCAAGUGAAAUUUAAAUAUCUACUUAAAGUUCGAGAGUGGAUUAAUUUUGAAUAUGUCAGAGAAGGUGAAUACUGGGGCCACAUCAGCUGUUGACAACAAUGAUCCAAACAUGUCCUGUAGCAUUAAUCUGAUUGAUCUUCCCUGGGAGGAUGUCUUGAUUUCCCGCAUCCUUCCUCAUCUUAGCAUCAUUGACAUCUUCCGUCUCCGCUCCUUGAGUAGAGACUUCUGUGACUUGGUCCAGUCUUACUUCCAGCAUCAGAUUAGCUUUGAUCUUACUGGCAUUACCCAUCGAGUAACUGUGGAUGCAUUCAAGAUAGCCACAAAUGACACGAAGAACCUGCAGAAACUGGUGGUGACAAGUUGUAAGAGUUGGCUUACUGAUGCAUUGCUGGUACCCAUCAUUAAGAGGAACUGGCGUCUUCGGUAUAUCGACCUGUCAGGGUGUUCAGGUUUAUCAUGUUUAACGAUAAAUAUGAUUGGAGGAGCUUGUCCAGAACUUAGGACGAUUCUCUUACGAGAAUGCCAUUGGAUUUCAUCCUCAGUGAUUGAAGGCCUGACUAUGAAGUGUAAGAAUCUUGAACGUGUUGAUCUAACAGGAUGCUGGGAGUUAACUGAUGACACUGUCUUCAUGUUAGCUUCGUUACAGCCCAAUCUACGCUGGUUGUCAUUGGCCAGGAUAUAUGGCAUUACGCAGGUGUCCAUCGAACAGUUAGCUAUGAACUGUUAUUAUCUUGAGUAUCUUGAUUUAGAGGGAUGUUGGCGAGUGCCCGACGCUGCUAUCCACAAACUUGCACAGAAAUGUCCUAAUCUUAAAACCCUGAAGGUGCGAGAUUGUCGAAACAUCACUGAGCGGAGUCUAUCUAGGCUUCGUAUGCAGGGUGUAAGCGUAGACAUCAGAGGAGUCAGCUCUAGGCCCCGCCCACAACUUCCUGUCAAUAUGCCACCUAAUCUACCAAGAAUUAUGAGACAGUAUCAGGCACCACUUAACUACAGACUGUGAGCUUUGCAAGGCUGAACUCCAAGCUAGGGACGUCUCUCAACUUUUGUUCAAUCCCAGUGUCACUUCAAAAUUGUCAACUUAGAUAAUCCAGAAUGUAUUUGUUUAAAUAUGUACUUCAAUUAACACUUUUGUUGCUGUCAAUUUUAAGAAACAUUUUAGAACGUUUGUAUCAUGCAUCUUUAGAUUUGUUUGAAAAAUAAACUUAAUCAAUCUUAUAUUGGAAAUGUCUUAUGUGACAUGUUGUUGCAUGUUGGUACUCACAGUAUCCAGAAAAAAAUGUUUUGUAAAACUGCAAACUCACGUUUAAAGUGCUCAUCACUGUACACAGUCUGUUCUUGCAUUAUAAACUAUUGCUACUGCACUAAAACCAGUGUUUAAAAAUACUUUGAUUAUAUUAACUUUUGUAGUUGUAUGCUUAUCUUAAGCUGUUGUGAGCUGAGUCAUCAAGAUAAUCGUUUUAACACAUUGACAAUAUGCACAAAUAUUUACAGAUCCAGCUAACUAUAGAUUUUGCUUUGUAUAUUUUGUAAAAAUUCACUUUAAACUAAUUGAAAAACUUAUAUUAGUUCAAGAUAGUGUGGUGCAGUAGUACCGUAUGCAACUAGAGAAGUUGUUAAUUUUCCAAUACAUUUUGUCUAAAUGUGAUUUGUCUCUUCAAACUUUGGCUUGGAAUGGCAUUACUACUCCAAAGUUCUAGAAAUAGGGAAUGACUUUCUUGAUUUGUCAAAGGACAAAUUAUGGUGGCAAAGAGGUAGAACCAUAGGCUUCAAAAGGGGGAAAGGAGCACUUGCCCUCUGGACAAAAUAAGAAUUACAGGAACAGCAGUAAGAAGUCAACUAUAGAAAUAACAAAAAAUAUGCAAAGGGAUGAAGAUCCCAUUUGCUUUAAAAUAACCCUAAAAAUUGACUCCACUGUUAAUGAUUUGUCAUUUCGUAGCUGAUGAGUGCUUUGGCCAUGCCUGAAAAUUCCCCCUCCCCCUGGGAAAAUGGUUUGCGCCUCCCCCAAAUAUCCUGGCAAUACCGUUGAACACAGUGUUCCGAUUGGCUUGGAGUGGCAUCAACUAAUGUAGACGGGAAACCCAUUAUGCUGGAUAUGCAAGCAUUGUCACCUUUGUGAUCAAUUCUGACGGAGGCCAAAUUAAGGUGGCAAAGAAGUACAGUGUUUCAUUUCUAACUUCCAGUCUGCUGUCUUUGUGAUUUUUUUCUGUGGAUACUCUGCUACUUUAACCAUCCAAACUAAAUUGUAAAAGUUACAGAUUUUGUCUUGAAAUUAAUUUUAAAAAGUGUCCGGAACUGCACUAGUACAACCCGACACUGUUCAAUGCAUUGCGUUGAUCAUAUUGAGCUUGUGAACACUGCACAGUUGAAUAAACCAGGACAGGGUUUAAUGUGAACGGUA